AUGGGCUUGAGAAGGGCCAUCAGACUCCGGUGGGUCUCCAUCACCAGCCGGGAGGAAACUCACAGGGAGGAGAAGGUUUCUGUGAACAACUUUGACUUUCUGAGUGAGAGGGUCCCUGAUGGAAUACACAUUGAUCUCAGGUUUCACAGAUAUAACCUCAUAUACUUUAGAGUCCCAUUUGUCCGCUACUUUCCUCUUUCCUCUCUCACCACGGUUUGCGAGCAAGACUCUGUCUCCAAUGGAGGCAUGAUGGUCCACGCCAGUGAGUUGUGGGAUGUCCGGACCAGCACCUCUGAUUUGGCUGACACCAUCGACGUGAGCACCCAACACAGCCUGAACAUCAUCAAAGGACAGCUGAGAGUCUUCAAUCUGGGAUAUGAGCCAUUUCAGAACAUUACUGCCCAAGAUCAAGUCAUCGGAUUGGCCUGGCACAACCAGAAUAGGGACUACAACUUUAAAACCAUGCACUGUCAGCGUGAGAUCGUACAGAGCUGUGGAGUGAAUGGGACCGGAGAAAACUGCAACCCACGGCCCCUCCCGAACCCUAACGGUGAGUUGGUUCUGCUGAAGCUCAUGUUGAUAGCUUUAAGAGUCAAUGACGAGAUGCAGAGCAGGCGUCCAGCGCAGACACGACAGCAGCUCCAGGGCGACACAGCGAGAAGACAAGUCCAGUUCGAAGCAGUGAUCAUCCUGCUGUACCUGGCCGACUGGAUGGUGCACUGGAUGUGGGGCCGUGGGAUGGACCCCGACAACUUCUCCAUUCCGUACCUCACGGCUCUGGGGGACCUCCUGGGGACCGGCUUCUUGGCGCUUUGCUUCCACGUGCGCUUCUUCCUCGGAGACAAGGAUAGCAACGUUGGGAACUGA